AUGCCCACACUGACACGCCCACACUGCCACACCCACACUCCUACGCCCACAAUCCCACGCCUACCCACCCACGUCCACACUCCCACGCCCACACUUCCACGCCAACACUCCCACACUCCCACGCAGACUCUCCAAUGCCCACACUCACAUGCCCACAUUAUCACGCCCACACUCCCACACUCACAUUCUCACGCCCACACUCCCACGCCCACAAUUCUAUGCCCACACUCCCACGCCCACUCGCCCAAGUCCAAACUUCCGCAGGCGCACACGUGUGUUGAAGGGUGCUGGCGGGACUAUCCCACAGAGGCACCGCCGCUGCUAAUUUAUAUGCUUGAAUUUUAUGCUGUACCUCAGCUGGAAGAUAUGCAGCCCCAGGUGUUCUUUCAGCAAAAUGGAGCACCGCCACACUGGAGCUUACAAGUGUGCGAUUUCCUCAAUGAAAACUUCCCUACUUGUUGGAUCUGGCGUGAUGGACCCAUUCCGUGGCCACUUCACUCCCCGGACAUCACGCCUAUGGAUUCAUAA